GCUCCGUGAAACCGCGCUAAAACUAAUUAAUUUUCAUCCUUUUUGAUGAAGAGAAAGGUGAUGAGAGUGAAUCCAAGUCGUUCCCCAACCCCAGAAAAGUGUAAGAAUUAAGAUCCAGCAAACCGGAAGCACAAAUCUGCGUUCACACGAUGUCGGAGGACGAAAACUGGUCGGUCAGCUGCGUGGAAACCAACGACUGGAUGCCAUCGCCGGAGGAGCUAGAUGCCGCUUACAGUGCGAUGGAAAAUGGAACCUACACGCUCGAGCUGACCUGGAAAAACCCCGGACGCCGGGCGCCUUCUCCCGUGAAAAAGGACGAACCGAAAGUGAACGAAGUGGCGGACAAAGAAUCGAAAGGAUCAUCUUCCAAAAAUAAGGAAUUCGAUUUCAUGGACGAUGUCGCACCGGCACAGAUGCGUGUCCGCGGGCAAAACAGUGGCCCGAAAGGAUCGGCCAAGAAGAAGACGACCAACUUUGCCGGAGUGCUGGAUCAGAUGAAGAAACACGGUCGACUCACGCAACCGAAGGACAGUUCCGGGGCGUAGCAGAGCGCUCGCGAACACGUGAAGAAACCGUUGCCAAUCGAUUUAUUGCUGCCGUUUUGACCGAACACGCCCUGGCGAACUCUAUUUACAUGCUGGCACCGAUAAUGCGACCCAGACAUACCAAUGACCACCAUGUGGUCACGCCCGGUCGAGACCAACAUGCGCGUCAAUCAUGCAGGCAGCCAGUGUAGAGCAGAGCAGGAAGGUCAAUAAGGGACAAAUUAAUAGAUCGAUCGACCGUUAAAGCGACAGUAAACAGUCUAUAAAUAGCGCCACGGUGAAGCGGUUUAACGCCUUCGGUUGCCACGGUGCCAGCAAAACGUAUCCCUACGAUUGCACUGCGACUCAUGGUGACCGCACAAGCGCCAAGCAGGUGUUUUUCUAAUAAUUUAUACAAAUAGCAAUGUAAGAAGUAAAGAGAUUUGCACAAGCAAACGAUCUUGGACCGAGUAGUACCUUCGCGGUACUCGUUUUGAGUGAACUUCACUGUAAUUAGUGUAUAAUGUGUACGAUCAUCUUUAGGAACGGAAAUAGAAAGAGACUUUGUGGCGGAAUAAACAUGCAAACCACCACAAAUCGGUUACGUUUAAUCCACUGCUACAGUCUAAUGAUGUCCUGUGGUCGCUCGAGGGAGGCAGCAGUAGCAACAGCGGCAGCAUCGCGCUCCGUGUGUCGCUGGCAGCGUGCCAGUAAUCAUUAGCCGAAAUUCCUUUCGCAUCGCUGCGCGUCAGAUUUCUGAUCAGGAAAUGAGACCUCAGCGCGCUGAAAGCUGAUGACCAUCGUCAGCCAAGGGUGGCAAUGGCACAGCCAGAUAGAUAGUAAUAA